UCUUUGAGUCGUUCCUUCAGGUGUCGCCGUCCAUCAUGAAGUCCGUCUCUUUGCUCACAGCAUCUAUGCUGUUGGGCUACACCUCCGCCGAAGUCCACAAGCUCAAGCUCAACAAGGUCUCCCUUGAUGAGCAGCUGGUAAGUAUUCCAUCAAGGCAACUGUUGGCCUCUUAAUCAGCUCAGCUCUAUUCCAACUCGGAAUCGCUGACCUUACUGAAUGAAGUCUACUCACAACAUUGAUGCCCAUGUUCGCGCGCUUGGUCAGAAGUACAUGGGCAUUCGCCCCAACAUCCACAAUGAACUACUCCAGGAAACCCCGAUCAACGACCUGAGCCGUCACGAUGUUCUUGUCGAUAACUUCAUGAACGCCCAGUACUUCUCUGAGAUCGAGCUUGGUACCCCUCCCCAGACGUUCAAGGUUGUCUUGGACACUGGUAGCUCCAACCUUUGGGUGCCAUCUUCGGAGUGUGGUUCCAUUGCCUGCUACCUUCACAACAAGUAUGACUCGUCUUCGUCUAGCACGUACAAGAAGAAUGGAAGCGAGUUCGCUAUCCGCUACGGCUCUGGCAGUCUCAGCGGCUUUGUUUCCCAGGACACUCUCACCAUCGGUGACCUGACCAUCAAGGAACAGGACUUUGCCGAGGCAACUCAGGAGCCUGGCCUAGCCUUCGCUUUCGGCCGGUUCGACGGCAUUCUCGGAUUGGGUUAUGAUACCAUUUCCGUCAACAAGAUCGUUCCUCCCUUCUACAACAUGUUGAAGCAGGGACUUCUGGACGAGCCCGUCUUUGCUUUCUACCUUGGCGAUGCCAACAAGGAGGGCGAUAGCUCCGAGGCUACCUUUGGUGGUGUUGACAAGAGCCACUACACUGGCGAGCUGAUCAAGAUUCCCCUUCGCCGCAAGGCCUACUGGGAGGUCGACCUCGACUCCAUUGCCCUCGGUGAUGACGUUGCCGAGCUUGAGAACACUGGUGUCAUCCUCGACACCGGUACUUCCCUCAUUGCUCUCCCCUCCAGCCUUGCUGAGAUGAUCAACGCCCAGAUUGGUGCCAAGAAGGGCUGGACUGGCCAGUACACCAUUGACUGUGCCAAGCGCUCCUCUCUGCCCGAUGUGACCUUUGCCCUGAGCGGCCACAACUUCACCAUCAGUGCCUUUGACUACACCCUUGAGACCCAGGGCUCUUGCAUCAGUGCCUUCAUGGGCAUGGACUUCCCUGAGCCUGUUGGUCCCCUGGCUAUCCUGGGAGACUCUUUCCUGCGCAAGUGGUACAGCGUCUAUGACCUUGGCAACAGUGCCGUUGGUCUCGCUAAGGCCAAGUAAACGAUGGGUUCUCGAAGCGUCUUCUCGUGCUUUGUCCGCAAGAUGAAGGGGAUGAUAUCGCAUAUAUUAGCUCGAACCCCUAGCGCGCAGUAAUCAUUGUUAUUAUGUUAUGAUUCAAGAAAUGGGUCACAUUCGAACCCAGUUGUUGCUUCCGUCCAGGCUCUUUUUUUUUUUGUUUUUCCACCGAUCAAUGUGUCCUGCCGUGACUAGUUUCGUAAUCAUCGUGUAUGAAUCUAUACCAGUACAAUGAAAGCACGAUUAGAUCGUGUUGAGAGAUA